AUGAAAACAAUAUUCAGUUUAUACUUCUUCUUUGUAAUUUCAACUGCAACUAUGAAAGAUUCAAAAGUAAUAUUGACAGAGAUUGAUUCUUAAAGAACUGGAAGAAUAUUUUUAAAUGCAAUUUAGGUUGGUUUAGCUACUGGAUCACCUGUUCAUGAAAUUUAGAGUUAUAUUAACAAUAUUAGGUAUAAAAAUUAGAAAUAAUGUUAAAAGAUUUAUGAUUGAGUAGGAAUAAAAGGAUGCAGAUCUUUUUAUACAAAAUACUGAAGCAUCUUGUAAUAGGUUGCUACAUGAUUUUGCAACAAACCUAGCUUAUCAUUAAUAACAGUUUAAGGCACACUCAAAGAUAGUUGAAGUAAUAUAUAUAAUAUCUUAAGGAAAAUACAAGAAAUUUAGAGAAAUCUUUGAAUAAGAUUGCAGAAGUAUCAGUUGAAAUAGAAGAAAAUUAAAGAAAAACAAAUGAAGGAUAAAGUGAAAGAGAUCUUUAAUACUCUGAAUUUUAAUCUAAACAAAAGGAUCAUUUAGAAUCUAUAACUGCUAUAGAUGAAGCCUAUUCUUUAGUUGAGCAUCUUUCUAGUGGAUCAUCAUUUAUUUAAGUAAAAGGUAGAUUUACUAAAGUUCUCUCUAGAUUAUAAAAGUAAAAUGUUAAAAUAUAUUAAGAUAGUUAAUCAACAUCGGCAGGACUCUUAUUUUAACCAAUUAUAUCAAUGAUGACAUAAAUGAAUUCUAAAGCAGAUACUGAGGCAGCAAAAAAGGUUCUUCAAUUAUUGGCUAAUUUAAGAGUUCAAAUAGUAGAAAGUAAAUCUUAAGAUGAGGAUAUUGAAAAAUAGUAGGCUUAAAGUUGGUAAAAGUUUUUAUCUGAUUUAAUCAAUGAAAGAAAUACCUUAUAAGAUUAAAGAUAGAAUUUAGAAUAAGCUAUUCUCAAUUAUUAAAGUAUUAUUGAAGAAUCUGAAGGAAAAAUUGAGUAUCAUUCAGCAGAGAUUGAUAGAAAUUAAGUAAAUUAAACAAUUAAUUUAUAGAAUAAUUUAGAUGGACAGGAUUAAUGGUGUAGAUAAUAAUAAGAAAUUUAUUAAAUGGAAUCUUAAUAAAGAGUUCAAUCUCUUGAUCUAAUUUCAAGAAUUGUUGAUCACAUAUAGGAUAAAAUUGUAACACUUAAAGAAUAUUUAAGAGAAAGAUUGCAAAUACGAUGA